CAAGCGGCGGGCGGGGGGAUGCCGUCUGAAAAACAUCCCCCCUGUUUCUCUCCGCUAAUGGAGCGGCCCAGCAGGGGCGGGACGGGCAGUAAAUGGCACCGGCGGCGGCGCAGGGCCGGGUGUCUUCAUGAAUAAUUUAAAUGACCCUCCCCACUGGAACAUCCUGCCCCAUCACAGAGAGCCCAGGGAUGAAGGCAGCAAGUGGAAUUAUGCCUUGCUGGUCCCCAUGCUCGGCUUGGCUGCCUUCCGCUGGAUCUGGACCAGAGAAUGUCAAAAAGAAAUAGAAAGAGAAAAAAAAGAAUAUUAUAAAAAGCAGUCAUCUUUACAAAAAGACUUGGAAGCCAAGUACCGGGAUAUAAUCACAGAAAACCGUCGUGCGGUUGCCCACUUGGAGCUUGAGCUUGAAAAGGAACGCAACAGGACCCUGAGUUACCGUCAAGCCCUCGUGUCCCAGAGUCGCAAACUGGUGGAAGAGAGAAGGAUCCUAGAACAGGAGCAGGAGAAGUUAGAGAGAGAAAAAGAAGUUCAUUUGCGCUCGGGAGCAGCAGGUACCUUGUACCGAAGCUGUCUGGCAAAGGAAGAGGAGUGGCAGAAGAGAGCCAACACUUUACUAAAAGAAUUUGAAGACGGGCUUAAAGAAAGACAGGAAAUCUACUGCAGUUUUGUAAUACCUAAAAGUCAGAGACUAGAAAUAGAGAAAAAUCUGCUUGUUAAAGCAGCAACUGAUCCAGUUGCUAUGGCUUUACAUAUGGAAAGUGGCUUAAAAGAUAUUUUCAAACAUGAUAACUAUUGUGGCAAUCUGAUGAACAAAAACAGAAGUCAAAACGGAAGACUUAUGUGGCUGUAUUUGAGAUACUGGGAACUAGCUAUUGAAUUACAGAAGUUCAAGAGGGUUGAAAAUGUAAUGUUAGGAAAACAAUAAGGGAAGUAAUGGUAACUUAUGCAGUCUACCAUGAAGAAUAGGGACAACCACAGCUAUAGUCUGAAGCUGUUAAAUUCUCUUUCUGCAUUUCAGUUUCUGCUAUUUGGUGCAUUUGUAUCUGCAUGGGACGUGCAGUGUUGUUUAACAACAGAUGCUCCAGUGAGCUAUGCAUGCUCUAAAACUGUGUGUUUGCAUAUCUGUAUUACACUACAGUCUGCAGUACAAGCUUCAGUAGGUAUCAGAAGCAGCAAAACAGUUUGAUAGAGAGUAAUUUACCCAGUUGAAGGUCAUAGUCCAUCAGCAGAAAAGUGCAAUUUUUCUUCCUUAAGUGGAUGGUCACAUCAUGCUCCUUAUUCCUGAUGUUCUGCACGGUGUCUCGACACUGUCUUUCUCUUUUCAGCAGAGCUUUGGAAGAAAUCAUGAUUGAGAAGGUGCCUGUCACAUAAUGUGUGUCCAUAUAUACAUACUUUUAUGAAAAUAUGUAUGUAUGUUUGUGUACAUAUAUAUUAGAAAGGAAUAGUAUGAUUAUGUUUCAUAUUAACCAGUCUUGCAUUGUCUUCCAGAUUUAAAAUACAAAUAGGGCUUUAUGAAUAAAACAUCCAAAAGAUGGUAACUAAAAUAACGUGAAAAGCGAAGAAACUGAUUAAAGUCACAUUGGAGUUGGGGAGACAUGCUUGAACAUUAAAUAGUGUGUAGACUUGAAGUUAUAUUCUCACCAUACAUUAUUCAUGUUAGGAAUAUUUUUUCUUUUCCUCAAACUUUUAGUUGUAACCCAACAGUAUGUCUCCGUUAUAGACAUUACUCUAGUGCUGCCUCUGCAACUCGGUGCACUUGGUACAUUUGUUGCUUCCAGGAACCAUGGUAGUCAUUGCACCUGGCUGUACUGCUUGUACAAGCUGUUUGUUCCCAUCUAGGAGUCUAAAUGCAGCCUGGGUACUAGUAGCCACCCUUCCCCUUCCUGUCUCAAUCCAUUCAUCAUCAGUGCAUCCACUUCACUCCCUGAGGUGCACUGUUCUGCAUCUCUUAAAUUUAGAGCUUACAGGGAACCCCUUCAUGUCCACAUGGCUGUGAAAGCCUACAGAUGUACAAACAUUAUAAAGAUUUAAAAAGAAGGCAGUUUGCUUUUAUUGCAACAAUAAGCACAUCCAGAUUAAAUAAUAAAACAUCAUGUUUCCAUGCUUGAAAUCCCUUAAAACUUUGUUCUUUAUCCAAUGGAGAAAACAGGAACCAAAAGUGCCAUGUCUGUCAGAGUGUACCCCCUUUUUUUCCUUCUCCUCCUUUUUAAUCCAGCCUUAGCCCUAAAAAAAGAAGUGAUUACCUUGUUGUUUAUAACGUCGAUCUUCUCUAUUACUUGUCUUCAAUUCUUGGUUCUUUAGUUAGCAUUUCUUUAUUAACUGCCAAAUAUUUUCUCUAGGCAAUUAGCUCUCGCAUAGCCCCAAAACAAUCCAACUCAGUAGAUCCCCAUCCAAGUUUAACAGAGACCGCCAAUGGAUGCAGAGUUUUCUCUUACUGCUGCCUCUCCGUUUUGUUUUAGUCAGGAACAAAAGGCAGAAGAUAAAUCUUUUGAAGUAAUGUAUACAACCCAAUUCAGUUUCUCAGCAAAAAUAACAUGGAACAGAAUUCUUAAACACGUUUGUUUCCCAAAUACUCUAUUUUCCAUCUGUCUUUUUGCUCACCUUUGUGGUGUUACUCAUUUUGUUGUAUUAAUUUAUUAGCUUCUUACGGGCUGUUCUUUUUUUAUUUUAAAAUGAAGUUUAAAUAAAUAAUCAUUGGGGGGGGAAAAAGACAUAUGAUCACAGUUGUGAUCAUACAGAUGAUAAAGAGGAGGGAGAUACUGCAUAUUGGGUAGGUGGUGCCUGCAUGCACCUGGGGUGGAGUCAGGGAGGUCACGAGGGUCUGCCAGGGGCGGUCACCUGUACCACUAUAUAGGGUUUGUUGUGAGGCAUUAAACUUGUACUUUUGGCAUUACACACCGUGUGUGAGUCCCGUAUGUUCCCCGUACGCGGAGGCGUGGUACAGUCACUGGGCAGCCUUGAUUUGUCGCCAGAUAGGGAGGCGACAACAGUCACUUGAAAGGCCAGAGAUUAUCUGGAUGCCAAGCUUAGGCGGGUUGCACCAUGAGAAUGUGAGUUAGUACUCUUGUGUGGCAAGCCCAGGCAAGCUGUUGUGUCUGACCGUGUGUACUUGCCCUGAGUGCCCAGUAGAACAGAUCUAAUAAAACAACUUAGCUUGUGUGUGAUUCCUUCAGGAUGUAUAAAGUGUGACCGCACAGUUGUCGUGUUUCAUAUGUACAUCCAAGCAGUUAGAGCAUCACAGCUCACAAACAGUAGACACUGAAUCAAUGCCAAUACAUUCAAGACUCAUGUCUUGACUUCGUACAUCUCCACUAGUUUUUUAAUAUUAAAAGUUGAAGUGCUGUGCUUUCUCAGUUUCUUUCUCAAAGUUCAUGUCCUUGACAUAUACAUUUUUACAGAAAAUGAAAUCGAGUAAAAUACUUUCAUUCAGCAUAAAUGAAUGAGUUGAAACUUCAUAUGUUUGAUCUUACAUAGUUGGACGCAAUGUGGUGUUGGAUAUUCACUCUCACUUCUUCAGAAAUUAUCAACUCUUUGUACAACUGAGUGUGGAACUGUUGUUCAUGGGCACUUUGCAGAUCAAUGUAUUAAGAUCAAGGAGUUUAUUUCUCUAUAACUGGUUUAGAAGCACCAGUCCUGUUAGUUUCUACCUGAACUCAUGUUUCUUAGUUUGUUGUGUACUUCUGAAACAUUCCCCUGUUGUAAACCGUUAUGUUGAAAGAUCUAUUGUGAGCUAUUGCCCAGCAACUAUUGUUCUGGAUUACCUAUUUGUUUGAAAAUGCCUGUAUAUUUAAGUAGAAUGAAAGAACAAUUUGUUUUCAAAUAUU